ACAAUUAUUUGACACUCUAUGAAUUAGAUGUGAGAUUGUUAUUGUUAGAUUAUUUUGUUAUUAGUGAAACUUAUAAUUACUUGUAAAAUGUCUGGAAAAUCUAAAUCUAAAAAGAAACAUAAUCAUAAACACAAAUAUCGAGAUGAAUCAUCAGAUAGUAGCAGUUCAAGUUCUGAAAGUAGUACAAGUGAAGAUGCAGAGAUAACCCUGUUACUGAAAUUAGAAAAAGAAAGAAAAAAAGCUUUAGAAAUUCGUAAAAAACAGAAGGAACUUCUCAAAGCAAAAGAGACGCCGGAAGAGAAAAGACUAAGACGUUUGAAAUGUAAACAGGAGAAAGAAAAAAAGAUAAAAGAGAAGAUGGGUUGGGAUAAUGAAUACCUACAUUACACUAAUGCUGAUAAUCCUUUUGGAGAUGGUGAUUUGCUAUCUACAUUUGUUUGGAAGAAAAAACUUAACAAAGAAGGAUUGGUGGGAAUUACUAAAGAGGAGCUGGAGAUGCGUAAUAAAUUUAAACAAGGAGAGAAUAGAAGAGAACUUGAGAAGGUUAAAAAGCGUAGAAUGGAAAGGGAUUUGGAAAGGCAAAGAAAAGAGGAAGAAGCAUUAAUUGCUCAGAGAAAUAAAGAGGCUACUCAAUUUGAAGAAUGGGAAAGACAAGAAGAUACAUUUCAUUUAGAACAAGCUAGACUCAGGUCACACAUAAGAAUCCAAGAUGGAAGAGCAAAACCAAUUGAUUUAUUAGCAAAAUACAUAAGUGCUGAAGAGGAAGUAGAUGCAGUUGAAAUGCAUGAACCUUAUACCUAUCUAAAUGGUUUACUUACUCAAGACUUAGAGGACCUUGUGGAAGAUAUCAAAGUUUAUAAGGAAUUAGAGAAAGGAAAAAACAUUGACUAUUGGAAUGACAUAACAAUUAUCGUAGAAGAUGAACUUCAAAAGCUGAGAAAGAUAGAACAUCAAAAUGAGAUGGAUAUGGCUGUUAACAGAAGAGAAGGAAUACAUCAGUCGGUUGCAUCAGAUGUUACUAGUGUAUUCAAAGGGAAAACCUCAAGCCAACUGGCAGCUCUGCAAAAACAGAUUGAAUCAAAAAUAAGUCAAAAGACUGAUGGACUUGAUAUUGGUUACUGGGAAUCAUUAUUAUCUCAACUCAAAGCACAUAUGGCAAGAGCCAGACUUCAAGAUAGACAUAAAGAAAGUCUUCAUAGAAAACUACAAGUUCUAAAAGCUGAACAAGCAGUUACUUCUAGUGCUACCAAUCCAGCAAUAACUGUUAGAAAUGAACCAGAACAAAGCACCAGUAAGAUGGAUGUAGAAAGUGAUAAAUCUAGUGAUGUAGAGGAUGAUGUAGAAAAUUUCACAUCUCCCUUAGAUGAAUGCUUUAAAGCUUAUGAAGCUGGGGGAUAUAGUCCUAAACUAUUGACUAUAGAUGACAUUGAACUAGGAACAAUAGUUUAUGCAGAAGAAGAUCAUUUGAAAAGAUUAGAGUUUGCCAGAAAACAAGUUGCAGACAGUAAUAAUAAAGUUGAUGAUACCAUAACAAAGGAGGAAAAACUACUUCAAAUGGAAGCAAGGAAAGGAAUGGGUGAAGAUGAAGUUCAGUUUUCAGUUGAAGCAUCACUUGAUAAUCAAGUAUAUCUUUGGUCUGAUAAAUAUAGACCUAGAAAACCAAGGUAUUUCAAUAGAGUUCAUACUGGAUUUGAAUGGAAUAAAUACAAUCAAACUCAUUAUGAUAUGGACAAUCCACCUCCAAAAAUCGUGCAAGGUUAUAAAUUCAACAUUUUUUAUCCAGAUUUGAUUGAUAAAAGUGCAACUCCUGAAUAUUUCUUGACUACUUGUCCAGACAAAGAAUUUACUAUUUUGAGGUUUCAUGCUGGUCCACCAUAUGAAGAUAUAGCCUUUAAAAUAGUAAAUAGAGAAUGGGAAUAUUCCUACAAGAGAGGCUUUAGGUGUCAAUUCCAUAAUAACAUUUUUCAAUUAUGGUUUCAUUUCAAACGAUAUAGAUAUAGAAGAUAAACAUAAUUUUCUGUUUUUAAACCUUUUUGUACUAAAAUAAAUUAUGUAAAUAAUAUAAAUAUUAAGAAUUCAAA